AUCUUUUUUUCCCCUGCCAGUUUACUUGCGUUCGCCAUAUUGGGUGCUCGUCUACUCGAAUAACUCGUCUGUUUUUCUUCGGAAUUACUACGAGACGGCAUCGGAGUCGCGCGCUGUUUUCAUGACUUGUUUUCCACGCGCCUUCGCCUUCCCGCAAGCAUUCGCGCUAUUGUUAUGCGUGCACUCUGCGUCUGGCUCGGAUUUCUCGGGAAGAAGGAUCGCUCUUAGUUAGACCGUGUCUGGCUCGAUUGCGACUGCGAUUCUCUGGACGAACUUUCAUGUGCAAAAUGUCAAAAGUGCGCGUCUCCAAUGGAAGCCCGACGCUGGAGAGGGUGGACGCAAGGCAGGCGGAUCACGCCAAACCGCAGGUCUGCAGAAACCUCUUCGGCUCCGUGGAUCGCCAAGAGUACGCGAGGGACGUCAAGGAGCAAAUGCUGGAGAUGGAGAAAGCGUCCAAAGAAAAAUGGAAUUACGACUUCGCCAAAAACGAACCGCUAUCACCUGGCGACUACGAGUGGCAGGAGGUGGACGCGAAAGAGGUACCGGAGUUCUACCUCAGACCGCCUCACGCAAAACGGGAUAACGUUACUUCGACCAGGACUGUGGAUCAUAACGGGAACCACGACUAUUUGUUGAAAAUGAGCGGACAGGGGGACUCUGAGAACGCGGAGCACGCGAGUCGCUCGGAUUGCCGAACGGCGCUGACCACGCCGAGAAAAAGACCGUCGACAGAGGAUCAGGAUCCUCCUUGCCAAAGCAAAAGAGCCAACGUCCAAGCGACCGAGGCGAAAUGCUGUCCAGAGACGAGUUUGCACGCGCCCAGCAAGUCGGAUACCAAAACGUAAACAAGAGACAGAUGAAGAAGACCAUUUUCUCCAUCAAAUACUUCAAGAGCUUUAUGAAGUAAACAGGGACAGCAGUUGAAAAAUAGAAAUCGAGCCUUGGAGAGGCUGUAUAAGCACUGAAUUUUUACACUAAAAUUUUGGCACUCGACAGAAUAUAUUUGCCUCAAAAGCAGACAAUGUAGCAGUGUGCAAUUGGAGUUUCGUUUGUUCUUUUACUACCUAUGUAUAUACUUUCAUUUUAUAUGUAGCACAUUUAAAUUUAAUAUUAAGUUUAAAAAAAAAAAACAAUCAUUUAUAAAUGGAGUGCGUUUGACUUGAAUUGCUGUGCAGUUUUCAAAACGUCUCCCCAAAAUGAACCCUUUUAAAGUAAAUAUAUCUGUGUCAAAUACAAACACACUCAUUAGACACCAUUUCACUUUAAUCAGGGUUAACAAUCCCAUUGUCUCAGUUUUGGCUGGCUCAGGAUGUUGACAGUCAGAAAUACACCUUCUUGUGUAUCAGUGUUGUGCUCAACAGCAGCAGCACAACCUUGGACAUUUUUUGAAGUUGCACAAAUGUCACUGUUUGAAAAGCAUUACAGAAUUCUUCCCCUUCUGAGAUCCGGCUACAUUCAAAUGAUUUGAUUUUUACAUUGAUACCGUUUUAUGUUUAUUGGUACUUAUUUUACCAGCCAAAGUUACAGCACGUUGGGCAUGUGGUGUUCUUCUCUGAAGGGACUGUGACUCCUAGUGUGGUAUUAAGGUUUUCAUGCAUUUUUACAGUAUUAUUAUAUCCCCGGGUUAUUCAACUAAUUUUAUUUUCUCUUAUUUUAAAUUCUU